AUGGCUGAACUUUGUCAGCUAAUUCUUAACACUGUUAAUAUUAACCUGGAUGAAAUUGAUGGAAAAGCUGCUUUGUUUUUUACUGCCAAAAACGACGUGUAUGGUGUAGCAAAUGAGUUACAUUCCAAAGGAUUUAACCUUGACGUAACUGACGAUCAGGGCAAAACUGCUUUGUUUUAUGCUAACGAGAACCACAGCAUGUAUGCGCUUUGUGACUUGAUUACUUGGGGUGCAAAAUUUGAAUUGGAGGAAAUUGAUGGAAGAGCUGCUUUGUUUUUUACUGCUGAAUACGACACGUUUGGUGUAAUUCAUGAGUUGCAUUAUAAAGGACUUAACCUUGACCUAACCGACGAUCAGGGCAAAACUGCUUUGUUUUAUGCUAACGAGAACCGCAGCAUGGAUGCGCUUUGUGACUUGAUUACUUGGGGUGCAAAAUUUAAAUUGGAGGAAAUUGAUGGAAAAGCUGCUUUGUUUUUUGCUGCUAAAAACGACAAGUUUGGUGUGGUAAAUGAGUUACAUUCCAAAGGAUUUAACCUUGACGUAACUGACGAUCAGAGCAAAACUGCUUUGUUUUAUGCUAACGAGAACCGCAGCAUGGAUGCGCUUUGUGACUUGAUUACUUGGGGUGCAAAAUUUAAAUUGGAGGAAAUUGAUGGAGAAGCUGCUUUGUUUUUUGCUGCUAAAAACGACAAGUUUGGUGUAGUAAAUGAGUUACAUUCCAAAGGAUUUAACCUUGACGUAACUGACGAUCAGGGCAAAACUGCUUUGUUUUAUGCCAACGAGAACCGCAGCAUGGAUGCGCUUUGUGACUUGAUUACUCGGGGUGCAAAAUUUAAAUUGGAGGAAAUUGAUGGAAAAGCUGCUUUGUUUUUUGCUGCUAAAAACGACAGGUUUGGUGUAGUAAAUGAGUUACAUUCCAAAGGAUUUAACCUUGACGUAACUGACGAUCAGGGCAAAACUGCUUUGUUUUAUGCUAACGAGAACCACAGCAUGUAUGCGCUUUGUGACUUGAUUACUUGGGGUGCAAAAUUUAAAUUGGAGGAAAUUGAUGGAAGAGCUGCUUUGUUUUUUACUGCUGAAUACGACACGUUUGGUGUAAUUCAUGAGUUGCAUUAUAAAGGACUUAACCUUGACCUAACCGACGAUCAGGGCAAAACUGCUUUGUUUUAUGCUAACGAGAACCGCAGCAUGGAUGCGCUUUGUGACUUGAUUACUUGGGGUGCAAAAUUUAAAUUGGAGGAAAUUGAUGGAAAAGCUGCUUUGUUUUUUGCUGCUAAAAACGACAAGUUUGGUGUGGUAAAUGAGUUACAUUCCAAAGGAUUUAACCUUGACGUAACUGACGAUCAGAGCAAAACUGCUUUGUUUUAUGCUAACGAGACCGCAGCAUGGAUGCGCUUUGUGACUUGA